AAAUUCGCAAACGCUGAGGCUUGUCAUCCAUCAGCUGAGUGAGUAUUGUGUACACGCACAACUGUGCUGUCCGCUCCAACGAAGUGCUCACACUGAUUGGACAAAAAGCGGACCAGAUUCGUGCAUCCCUUUAAUUUAUUGCAUAUUAAUUUGAGAAAUACAUUACUCCAACAUAAUGAGUGAGCCAACAACGUCGAAUGGUACCAAUGGUCCGACGGUGCGCAAUGUAGAGGAAAUCGAAAUUCCCGUUCCAUGGGGUGUUGUUGCAGGUAAAUGGUGGGGUUCCCGAGUAAAACAACCAGUACUAGCACUGCACGGUUGGCAGGAUAAUGCUGGCACGUUUGAUCGGCUUUGUCCUCUGCUGCCGCCAGAGAUACCGAUAUUGGCCAUAGAUCUACCAGGGCACGGCAAAUCUACCCAUUACCCUAAAGGGAUGCACUAUUUCAUCUUCUGGGAUGGCAUCACACUCAUCCGACGCAUAGUCAAAUACUUUGGAUGGACAAAACUGACUCUACUGGGCCAUUCGUUAGGCGGUGCGCUGAGCUUCAUGUACGCUGCUAGUUUCCCGGACGAAGUGGAACGAUUCAUAAGUAUCGAUAUUGCCGGGCCAACGGUGCGAGAUCAUCAUAAAACGGCUGCUAGCACAGGCGACUGUAUUGACAAGUUCCUACAUUACGAGACGUUACCGGAAUCGAAAAUGCCCUGCUACGGGUACGAAGAAAUGAUCGAUCUAGUGCUAGCCGCUUACGAUGGUUCCGUAGACUAUGAUUCUGUCGAAGUGCUGAUGCGGCGAGGUAUGGCCUUGGCGCCGGCACAUUUUAAUAAGGAAGGGUACCACUUUGCUCGGGACCUUAGACUGAAGGUGGCCUUGUUGGGUAUGUUUUCUAUGGAGCAGGUUCUAGCAUACGCAGAGCGUAUCAAAUGUAAGGUAUUAAAUAUACGGGCCGAUCCCGGUAUGAAGUUUGAUAAUCCUGAAGUGUACAAGAACGUGAUGGAUGUGUUGAAGCGAACGGCGUCCAAAGUAGUUUAUCACGAGAUUCCCGGGUCGCAUCAUUUACACCUAGUAACGCCGGACCGGGUUUCGAAGCAAAUUAGCGAAUUUCUGUUGGAAUAACUAACCAUAGAAAGUGGUGGAUGUACUAGGGUAAAAUUAAUAUACAGCAAACAACACACGUACACGAAAUAUCUCCGCUUUGCAAACACUCAAGGAAUAGAAUUUGUGAAUCGUUCUGAACGAUGUCUUCAACAUACUCAUCGAUAGUUUAGUAAUUCUGCUUCAUUCCCAGGCACAAAGACCACAGUCUCUGUUAACGAUCCAUUAAUUUAAGCGUGUUCAGCUGUUAUACUAUGGGUGAUUUUAUGAUGUAGAGGGUGAAAGAAAAAAAAACGAUGCUUAUGAACAAAAUGUUUUAGAAACAUAUAGGGCAGCAAAUAAAACAUAAGUUACAUUAUGACUAA